ACCAAACCGAAAAUGUCCAAUAGCCAGGGUUUUCCAAAUUUAAAUUUAGAUUGUAAAAGGAAGUGUUUUAGAACAAAAAUAUUUCAUGUAUUUUUACGGUCAUUGUCAAAAACAAGAAGGAAAUGAGCGUUUCGGAAGAAGAUAGAAAGAUAACUGCGUGUGAGGUGAAAAAUAAUAUAACACGCACAAGGAAAAAUGUCCGUGCGUUUAACAAUAAAUUAACGGAUGGAAAACUUGGCGAAAAAUCCUUAUUACCCUGUAUUCUUUGCUCACAUUGCAUCAAACGUGAAUCUGCUGAACUGGAUAAAGAGAUCAUUAGAUUUGGAAACCUAUUUGAGGACAGCAGUAAUUUUCAAUACGUCAAAUGCAAUUGUCAAUCAAAGUCAGUUGGAUACCAAGACAAUGAUUUCAACAACGUCAGCUUUGAUGGGAGAAAUGUUCGCAAAUGCAUGUCGGAGACGAGGAAAGCAUUGAGGGCUUACAAUGACGAGAUAGAUGAUAGUAAAUACAAGGGUGAAGAUAUACGGCCAUGUCAGACAUGUAAGAAUGGACUCGCUGGCGAAUGCAAAGGCCUUAAAGAAGAAAUAAACAAGAUACAGAGUAAUCUUUUAAGUAAGGAAGUGGACAUCGACCAAGAGAUUUGCAACUGCCAAUAUGGAGAAAAUCCCAUAGAAAUGAGAUCAAGUAGGUCCAAAGGAAGGCAAAACACGGACCAAGGUGACAGCGGAUACAUAGGGUCAAAAGAUUUAUCGAUGUCAACGGCAGAGGAAACUGGCUAUAUUAACAUCAAUCGAGACGAUAAAGAGGCGUCUCUUAAAGGACAUUUAUAUGUAUCCCUGGAAGGUGACGGAGAGGAAGGAGGAAACAGCUCAACGGCUUGAAAUACUGUAAAAUCACAUAUUUUCGUGGGGUCAAAUAUCGGGUAUUUUUCGAGGUUUGAUACAAUCUUGUUUUGUGGGGACUUGAUUUCUAGGAUGGAUAACGUUUUAGUAGUAAUGUUAAAUUUUACGUUUCGUGGUGGUCAUAAAUUCGUUGGUCUCUCCUUACCUCCAAAACAACGAAAAUUAAACCCCCACGAAAAUUGCUGAUUUCAGAGUACAUGUACACGCUUUAAAAGCUCAAGAGUCAAAGCUAUUUAAUUGAGAAAUUGGAUUUUAAUCACAUUUCACAAGCAUAGGCUUGAAAGUAGUGAAGGAUGUUAAAAUCCUAAUUUUAACAGCACUUUGUAUAUAUAUAUAUGUAUAUAUUCUAUAUUUUAUUUUAAUAAACUGUAUUCUCAGUCA